AUGAAGAAGCAGCAGGUCCACAACUGCUCUCCUGGAGCGCCCAGCAGGUGGAGGAACCCCGCCAUCCAAGAAGUUCGCGGCCGGGGAGUCGGCGUCCUCCUGGAGCCCGGGUGGCCCAAGGGCGCGGAGAGCGGCGAGACCUGGUGCGCCCCAUCCCCCGCCCGGGUCACUCCUCUCAAGCGCUCCCGGACCCAGGGGCCAAAGCCGGCCGACGUGCUGCCCCCAGCCCCGCGCCGGCCGCCCGGCGCCGGCGACGAUGCGCCCAGGGGACCCGGCUCCGGGGUCCGCGGCUCCCACUCCCCACGCCUCGCGCCGCGCCCACCCGCUCCCAGUACUCACGGGCCGCUUGCGCGCCGCUAUCUAGCCAUCCUCGGCCGCCGCCCGGGGGCUGCCGGAGUUCGCAGUCGCCCGUGGGCUGCAGGCGUAGAGGAGGGGGGCCGGGCACCACCCGCCGCCUCCGCCGUCUCGCCUCCCCCAGUCCCAGAGCAGGGCUGCUGCAGGCGGCCGCGGGCGAAGGGCGGCCCGCUGCCCUCCGCGAGCUCCGGGGGACGCCGCCGCCGCCACGGACGCGCGGAGGCAACAGUAACGGCCACCACUACUGGCGAGACGCUCCAGCCCCGACUGCGGCGCGCGGGGGCGGUGCCUGCACGCCGCUCGGCGGGGGGCGCCGCUACCCGGGUCCCGGCCCCGCCCCCGGCCCCGCCCCGCGCACCCCCGCCGGAAGCCGCCCGCGCGCCCCCGCCGUCGCCCCUCGGCGGGGCCGCGCGCGUCCGGCGCUUUUCGCGGGGCCGCCCCCUGGAGCCGGAGGAGAGCGGCCGCGCGCGGGGCUCCAGCGCCGAGGGUGGUGCUUCCGCGGAGAGUCCCGUCGCGAGGCCCAUCUCGGAAGGUCACGGAAGAGUCGGGGAGAGGAGCGGCCUGGCCCGUGCAAAUGGUCGGGAAGGCCGGCCUAGCGCGCGGCGGCCCUGCAAGGAGAGCGGCUCCCGAGACGCUGUCAAAGCGCAUUGCAAACACUGCAUGGAGGAGAAGACGACCCGCGGCCGUGUUUUAGCUUCCUCUGUAAAUACACUCGAAAACUAG